CAAAAAGGGUUCGGGUGUCGCACUUCUUCUUGACCAUAUCCGUUCUGAUCACUUGAAGUAACGUCAUUGAAUCCCACCAUCGGGUGUUGGCCGACUUCGAGAAUUACUAGCUUGUGGCGAUGGCGGCGAUGGUCGUGAAAACGAAACAUUUGUUGGUCAGACAAGCAAAGCGGGAACGGCGAUUCACGAGUGCAAUCACAUUGACAAAGAAGCUGGAAACACCCAAAACACAGAUCAGUGGUGGUGAUCAAGUUGAUGAGCCCGACGAGGACCGUCCAUGUUGGGUGCCGCACCCGAGAACGGGGAUAUACGUCCCGAGAGGUCACGAACGGGUGGUGGACGACAUUCCAGAUGGUGCAGCUUCUUUCUCUCAGUCUUUCUGGCUCAGGAGCGUUGAAGGAGUAGACAAACCCGAUCCAGAUGAACCAGUCGCGGGUCUUCUUCCUCUGAGUAAGUAGUGCGAAUUCGAGUGGCCGAAGCUGAAGCAGUUCCGCAGAAUCUCGAAGUUCAAGGGAAGAAAAGUAUAUGCACAGCAUAAUCAAUCCAAUAAACCCUAUAAUUGGCUUGGCAGCCUUGGCAACUCAUAUCAUGUACUGCUAUUCAUCCAAUAAAACAUCUUGAACGGUAA